GAAAAGACAUGGAAGGAAAUAGUUUGCCCAUGCUGAAGGAUGAGAUUCCUCAGACACCAAACUCUGCUAAUAAGACUGAGCACAAACUUUGCAACGGGUCUGAUAAGGAGUGUGUAUCUCCUACUGGAAUAAACAACAAAAAGGAAACAUUAAAGGUCCAGAAAAAAAACUACAGGCAGGAGAAGAAAAAAGCCACUAAGCAGCUCUUUAGUGCUUUGAAAGAUCCCCGAGUGGUCAUUAUGGCAGAUUGGUUGAAGAUACGUGGCACUCUGAAGAGCUGGACUAAAUUGUGGUGUGUACUGAAACCUGGAGUACUCCUAAUCUAUAAAACUCCAAAGACUGGACAGUGGGUGGGCACCAUUUUGCUUCAUUCCUGUGAGCUCAUCGAGAGACCGUCAAAAAAAGAUGGCUUCUGUUUCAAACUUUUCCAUCCUUUGGACCAGUCCAUUUGGGCUGUGAAGGGUCCAAAGGGAGAGAAUGUAGGGUCAAUCACUCAACCUCUUCCAAGCAGCUACUUGAUCUUCAGGGCAGCUUCUGAAUCAGACGGUGAGUUUUGUCCUUUCUUUGUUGGCUGACAUAAUUUAUCAACUUCCCACAACCCAGGAAAGUUUUUGCAAUUACAAUUCAAUUACAUUGAAAUUUCCAAUAUAUUCAAGCAGUUGUAAUUUUAAAAGAUGAAUAAAUUACAACCUUGUUACAAGUAGGUUACACUGGGAUGCAAAGGACUUGUUUUCAUCUUCUAGGUUGCAACAGACACAAGCUUUGUGUUGUCUAAGUUGGAAGAUGGGUGAAAGCAGUUGAAGUGCAUUUUCACUGUAAAGUUCACCUAAAAUAGGGAAAAGAACCAGCCACAUUCUGUUACCAUUUCUCAUCCUUCAUUCCACUUCACUGCUUGCCCAUCAUAGAGAACAGAAAAUGCUAGUGUUUGCUGUUGCCAUAAAUAUC